AUUCAGAAACAGCUUUCUAGUUGAGCGUGUCAUUCUGCGAGGAAUAAGUUAGGAUGAACAUACGAUGACAUCGAGAGCUGUGAAUGCGUAGCCAGAGUCAUCCACGACGCGAUCGACGCGGGACAACCCCUUCAUGUAGACCUGUAUGUUGAUCUCUUCCGCCAUUCUCGACGUGAAAUUCUUCCUUUGUUUGAUGUCGAGGACAACAAACCGUCGCAAAACCGUCAGCGACAAACAGACGCCGAGUUGCUUGGGGUGAGUUGGCCGAUCAGACAUGUCCUCUCCAUCCAGUCAACGACGCCAUUCAUCUCUGCUACCGGCUGAAGCCUUUUCAACUGAUGACGACUCAGAUUAUCUACCGUGGCAGAUUGCCUUUCGUGUAAAGUUCCCUAGUGAGAAGCUCGGACUACGCUUCCACCCUGCCCAGUUCCCGGACACAGGCAAUGGCAUCUACACAAUUCGCUUACUAGAGCUCACCAAGGUGACUGACGGCAGCGGGCCUGCGCAACAGUACAAUAAGCACUUGCAGCUUGGCCAGGAGCACUUAACGCUACGGCCAGGGCUGUAUCUGACCCACAUCAAUGACAACCAUCUGGUUGAAGUGCCCUGUGAAGAGAUUAUUCAAAGUCUGCAGACAACCCCGCGGCCAAUUACUUUGCGGUUUGUGGAUGUUGAAGCGGGUGUCGUAACUCGCCACGAACUACGAGACUCGUUGCGCUUGGAUGGCGAUGCACUCUCAGCUGCCAUCGCGCAUCUUCCAGGUUCUUCACAGUCUUCUCCGCGACGACAUCCGUCGUCGCCUACCAAGACUUCAGGGGACCACAUGUACAAGAUCAUUCUAUUGGGUACAGCAGGUGUGGGUAAGAGUAGCCUCUUGGCUGUGGCAGCGAAUGGUGACGAUGCGUACAUGGAUCGACGUUCACCAACGUUGGAGGCGGAGUUUGGCACUAUAGAGUUUCCGGACCCCUUUGACUACAGCGGCACGAAAUACAUCAAGGCUCGUAUCUGGGAUACUGCCGGUCAGGAGCGUUUCCGGGCCAUCACACGGUCGCAUUACCGUCGUGCAGAUGGCGCCCUGCUCGUGUACGACGUCAGUGACGCCCUGAGCUUCGAGCGUCUCGGUGAAUGGCUGCAUACGCUACGCGAGACUGCAGGCGACUCGCUUACAGCAGCGAUGGUGGUGGAAAACAAAGCGGACAAACUACCAAAAGACUCGAGACCUGCCAAGUACGCACAACCAGACAAGGUCAAAGCCUUCUGCGAGGCUCAAAACCUCCUGUUCGCACGCACAACCGCCAAGCUCAACGCUCGUGCGAGGGAAUGGGACGGCGCACUCAAAGUCUUCGACGCGGUGCGGCAGCUAGUGCUCCAUAUCCACGAGACUCGCACGCGUCCAACACCCCCUUCCAACUUGGAAUUCAAGCAGACUGAAGCCGUAAAGACCACUGAAAGAACAGAGUCCAUUAAGUUGACAGCCCCAGUGGUCAUUACCAGUAAACCCAAGGCGUUGGCAGACUGUGGAGGUUGCAACCAGUAAGAGAAAUGCAUCUACCAUCUAAGAACUGCUAUGA